AUGGACUCAACCCAAUGUCAAGAGAAUGGAAACAAAGAUGGUAGUGUCAAACGAUUAAAGGCUGAUUGGAAUGAUACAAACUUGGACAUAUUUUUGAAGGCUUGUGUUGCGCAAGUACGCACUGGGAAUAGGCCACAUACUCAUUUUAAUAAACCGGGGUGGGCAAAUUUGAUAGCAGAUUUUAACAGACAAACUGGGUUAUCUUAUGAGUACAAGCAAUUGAAAAAUAAAUGGGAUAUUUUGAGAGGAGAAUGGAGAGCUUGGACAAAACUUUUUGAAAAAGAGACUGGUCUUGGAUGGGACAACACUAGGCAAACAGUUGCAGCAAGUGACGAGUGGUGGGCAGCCAAGAUUAAGGAGUGCCCUGAGGUUGCAAAGUUCAAAAAUAAGGGUCUAAGAAAUUUGUCUGAAAUGGAGAUCCUUUUUAAGGAUUCUGUGGCAACUGGCCAUAAUGCAUGGGCACCAUCUGAGGACCUAAGAGAUGAUGGGGGAAGAGUUGAAGUAAAUAGUACAUUUGAUACACAAAUGACAGAUGAGCAUGACUUUCAGGGUUUAGGAGUUGAAACUGAAGAAUGUGAAGAGAUUGGAGAACCAAGUCAAUCUAGUCAGGGGCCAAAAAGGAAGAGGGGAGGUAAUGAUAAUAGGAGAGGGGGUAUUGAUCACCGAAUCUGCGAGCUGUUUGAUCGUGUAAUUGAAAGCUUGAAUAGUGAUAAUUCUGUUACUGCUGAUAAAACAACUAAUGUCCCUACACUUGCUGAUUGCUUGGACAUGCUUAAAAAAUUGCCGGGAUUGGAGUACGGUAGUGAGACUCACAUACUUGGUAUCUGCUUGAUGAAAUCAAAAACAAAUAGGGAGACUUUUGUUCUAUUGGAUGACCUAGUUCUUCAGCUUAGUUGGAUUAGUAACCACACUAUGGCUGAUGUUUCUCAUCAGUGA